CCUGUAUCUUGCCUUGCCUGGCUUUCCAUUCACUAUCGUAUUUCUCCUUCCGCUUUCCGUCAGCCUGGUCCCAGCUUGAACGGCAGACCUGCGCCAUCAGGAUGCCCAUGUUUCGCAGGUCCGCAUCUUCGCACAGCACCUCGGAUGCUGCUGCUCCACCCACUCUCACAAACGUCACGGAAGGAUCUCCCGUCGCAUCCGGAACUUUAACGCGGCAAAAGAGGUCACGCAGUCAUGGAGGAGGAGGAUCACCGGCAAGCACAUUCUCGUCAAGAUUUGGGAUUCCCAGAUAUUUACCCCACCAACAUCAACAGUCUCAUGAGCAGGAGCAAGGAGAAGCGCCGCGGCCAGACAAGCCGGCAACAAAGGAGAUCCCGGUUUCGUCAGAACCAGAGGUAUAUGGCAGUGAGGCUGGAGAGGAGUCCAAUUUCGGUCAAGAGCCUGCAGAUGAACAGCUCGUACCGGAGACGGGUUCAUGGUCUCCUCAAAGUCGACACUCCUCUCGCAAACUGUCGGUUCAAACCGUAGAGCCGUCUAGUGAUGACGAAGUACGGUCUCCCGAGGAGCGACGAGUAUCCCCUUUGAUCAAACGACUUGGUGAGGAACCUCCAUUCAUGCUCCCCCAUCCUUCACGCGCAGACUCAACAUACCAGGAAUAUCCCGGUGUAGUCAUUGGUUCGUUUGCGGGAGGAGGCCCAGACACGUUGUUUGGCAAUGGGAUGCAGUUAGAAGGGACAAUGGAUGAUAUUCUCGAUCCAAAUGCUGCAAGGCAGGAGGAUAGAGGGAACCAGGCUCCAGCAGGAGCAAAUAUCGCCCCAUGGUUAAUGGAUGAUAGUCCUCCAUCACCGUCCGAGAAUCCGUCCCCAGCAUCGCCGGCGACGCAAGAAAGACCUGUCAAAGGACCUGCGGCAGCUCUCAGAGAGAAGGACCUCAGGAAAGCUUCCACAGUCCUCAACCAUUUCUCCUCCGUGCCUUCACUGCCAAAGAUAAGGCGACACGGUAGGGCAGAGACAACAACUCCCGAUCAGACCCCUCGCGGAUCUACCCAUUCUCAAUCCAAUCUCGCUUCAAGUUCUUCAAGCUUGAAUAAUGAAACCCGCGAAUCUCGUGUGUCGGUUCAUUUACCAAGCACCCAUCCUACCCAUUAUGGAUCCCGAGGAGGAGAGUUCUUACGACUCGUUCGAAUUUAUUGAUAUCGCCAACCGGGACUUACAAACCAUCCCCAUCUUCUUACACCUUCACGCUCACGACAUUAUCAUCCUCAAUAUCUCUAAAAACCCUAUGACAGAUAUUCCACUCGAUUUUAUCCAGGCCUGUACUAGUUUGAAAGAGUUACGCAUGUCCAAUAUGGCCUUAAAGAGGGUACCUAUCAGUAUCCGCGCAAGUACAACUUUGGCAAGACUGGACGUUUCGUGUAAUCGCAUUGCCGACCUUGAGAGUGUGGCCCUUCAUGAGGUUGAGACGCUUGUAUCACUCAAGGUGCAGAACAACAAGCUUACCUCAAUGCCAAGCUACUUUGCGCAGAUGAAGAGUCUCAAGUACCUCAACAUCUCCAAUAACAAGUUUGAAACUUUCCCCUCGGUGGUCUGUGAAAUGUCAAACUUAGUGGAUUUGGAUGUGUCGUUCAACAACAUCGCAGAGCUCCCUGCCAAGAUGUCCGAUCUCAAAUCUCUGGAGAAACUCGGCUUAUACAGUAACGAUAUAUCCAACUUUCCCGAGUCUUUUAGUACUCUUGCAAACCUGCGCAUCCUUGAUGUAAGAAGAAACAAGAUCACCGACCUUAGUGCUGUGUACGCCUUGCCGAACCUUGCAACUCUCCAAGCCGACAACAACAACAUCGUCACUCUCGAUGCUCAGUUGGGUGCCAAUGUUCGGCAAUUUUCCGUCCCUCAUAAUUCGGUUACCCGAUUUACACUUGCCCCUCCUCCAAACAUGGCAGUUGUUACCUACAUGCUCACCAAUCUUGACCUCUCGCAUGGUAAAAUUUCAACAUUAGCAGACGAAGCAUUUAGCGGUCUGACCAAUUUGAUCACCCUCAACCUCAACUUCAACCAGUUCACAAAACUACCUGCAACACUGGAUAGAUUGACGAGCUUGGAGGUCUUUUCGUGCACAGAUAAUAUGCUCAACUUAGUGCCCGCUGGUUUUGGCAAGCUCCGAAGACUGAGGGUGAUCAACUUGCACAACAACAAUCUCAAGAGUCUUCCGGAAGACCUGUGGGCUUGUGGUGCUCUUGAGAUCUUCAAUGCGAGCUCAAACUUGCUGGACUCCUUUGUUCCGCCACCUGCAGAUAUAGAGUCCGUCGUUGGUCGUGUCGGAUCAGGUACUUCACAGACCAGUAAUGGCCGAAAAAAGCACAGCGUGCCGCCGAUCGGAUUGAGCAUUCGCAAGCUCUUCCUCGCUGACAAUAGGCUCAACGACGACAUCUUCCAUUGGAUUUCUCUUAUGCCCAGUUUGCGCAUCAUUAACCUCAGUUUCAAUGACAUCUAUGAGGUUCCGCCUUUCACUUUGUGCAAGUGCGAGAGACUUGAAGCGCUCUAUUUGAGUGGAAAUAAGUUGACGAGUCUGCCAUCUGAGGAUCUGGAAAAGCUGCAGAGCUUAAAGGUAUUGCAUCUCAACGGCAACAAGCUGCAGACACUGCCUAGUGAACUGGGAGCGAUCAAGACAUUGCAGCAUCUGGAUGUUGGAAGCAAUGUGCUAAAGUAUAACAUUGCCAACUGGCCUUAUGACUGGAACUGGAAUUGGAAUACUUCACUGCGUUAUCUUAACUUGUCCGGUAAUAAGCGCCUCGAAAUCAAACCCACUUCGGCGCACGAAAUGAACCAUGCCUCCUCCUUCCGCAAAGAGCUUUCGGAUUUCACCGCCCUCACUCAACUCCGCGUCCUUGGUCUCAUGGACGUCACCCUUCGUAUUCCUUCCCUUCCCGACGAAAGUGACGAAAAGCGUGUACGAACGUCAUUCUCGGAUAUCAACAAUAUGGCGUACGGCAUCUCCGAUAUGUUGGGCUCCAUUGACAAUCUUGCCAUGUUUGACUUGGUAGUCCCACAUUUCAGAGGAAAGGAGAAUGAGUGUUUGUUUGGGAUGUUUGGAAGAGCAACGACUACGCUACAAGGCGGAAAGAUUGCAAAGCACGUCCAAGAAAUCUUUGCAGAGACCUUGACUGCCCAUUUGCACAAACUGGAACCCGGAGAAGAGCCAAGUGAAGCUUUGAGGAGAACCUUUCUGUGGGGUGAUCGUAAGGCCUUUGAGUUCUUCAGCGGCAAGCUUCAGCUUGAAAAGGAGCGCAAACCGUCGUGGACGAGUUUCGCUAGUUUUGACAGCAUGUUCCGCGGCUGGACACCAGGUGUCAACUCGGUCUUGCGCACUGGUGCUUCUGGUGCUGUUGUUUAUCUCGUGGACAAGGUCCUACACGUAGGAAGUAUAGGGGAUACUCUCGUCGUGCUUUCACGCAAGGGCGACGCUGAACUUCUUUCGAAGAGACACGAUCCUACAGACCGUGAAGAAAGUGCGCGAAUUCGAAAGGCAGAGGCAUGGGUGUCGACCAAAGGUUUUGUCAAUGAUGAUAAAGACCUCGACAUUUCGCGAGCUUUCGGGUACUGGCAUGAGUGCCCUGCUGUCAAUGCUGCACCCGAAAUCAGGACCCGUCGGUUGCAGGAAUCCGAUGAGUUUGUAAUUAUUGGUAACCACGCGUUAUGGCAGUUUUGUUCUUAUCAAACAGCUGUUGACAUCGCAAGGACGGAAAGGGACGAUCCAAUGAUAGCGGCGCAAAAGUUGAGAGACUUUGCAAUUUCAUACGGAGCCGAAGGGAACGUGAUGGUCAUGGUGGUGAAUGUGUCUGAUUUGUUCCUUGGCAAAGGUGGUCGAGCGCGUGGGCCGUCGGAGCAGACAGCUGCUGAUGCCAGUACCGAUGUGGAAGGAUAUACUGUUGCAAAGAGACAAGUCAGGAGGAGAUACGAUGAAGUCGGCGAUCGAACACUCAACCGACUCCAGCAAGAAAUUGAACCUCCUGUUGGCCAAGUGGCAAUUGUCUUCACCGACAUUGUGAAUUCUACUCAUCUGUGGGAGACGAACCCCGCCAUGCCGACAGCUAUCAAAAUGCACCACAACCUUAUGCGACGGCAACUCCGAUUGGACGGUGGAUACGAAGUUAAGACAGAAGGAGAUUCGUUCAUGGUGUCUUUCCAAUCUGUUACUGCUGCGCUGUUAUGGUGUUUCAACUGUCAGAUUGGCUUGCUCCAACAAGAAUGGCCGAGAGAGCUUCUCGAGGCGCAUGAUGGGAAGGUGGUGCACGAUUCAAACGGGACGAUUGUUCAACGAGGUUUGCGGGUGCGUAUGGGUGUUCACUGGGGUGCGCCAGAGUGCGAAAAAGAUCCGAUCACGAGGAGGAUGGACUACUACGGUCCUAUGGUAAAUCGUGCUGCUCGUAUCAAUGCGAGUGCAGAUGGAGGCCAGUUGAUGGCGAGCCAAGACGUCCUGAAUGAGAUUGCGCCGCUGAUGGAGUAUCUGAACUCGAGUGAUGAACAAGUGUUGAAUGAUCUGCAGGGUGAUUUGAAGAGGGAAGUUAUGGAGUUGAGGAGGAUUGGUUUAGAGGUUAGGGACAUGGGUGACAGGAAGCUUAAAGGACUUGAAGUGCCGGAAAGGCUUCAUCUGCUUUAUCCCAAGACUCUAGCCGGUCGACUUGAGAUUUCCAACGAAAUCCGAGCCGAAGUCGAAGUCAACGAUGCUCGCAAAUCUGCUGAGCGCCAGCGCAGUGUUGAUAUUGACCAGGUCUGUCAGCUUUCCGAUAUCGCCUUGCGAUUAGAAGCUGUCUGCUCCUACAACCCUACUCCCUCAUCACCUGGUGACACUCCCACGGCAGGUGUCAUGAGAUUACAUCCUCCAGCAAGUUACCUGGGUCCGUCUAUCAGAGAGGAUAUGAAUGAUGAAGAGUUAUGGACGAUCAUUGAAAGCUUAGUGGGGAGGAUUGAAAACGCGAUGUCGACUCUGUAUCUCAAAAACUUUGGAGAAUUUAGUACUGUACUCGCCGCUCUGGAAUCGGCCACGAAAAUUGACCAAAAGCUCAUUGUGCAUGCGUUGGCCUUAAUGAACGAGGCGAUGGGGAACGCUGAAGAGAACGCGAUAUGAUUUUUUUAAGAACUGUUGUUUUGAUUUGGAUUUUGGGUGUUUUGUUACGGGAAUUGCACUGUUUACAACUUGUAUAAUAAAUUAGCAUGAUACGACUAAUGAGAUAUAUGUACCGACAGAUACAUUUCUUGGUGCAUGCAUGGGCUGGUGGCAU